AUGGGAGUUGUAGCGACAGCCAUCGGCACUCACUUGACGACGAUCUUUACGACACCCGUGGGCCAAGCCAUCGCAUUUGCUUCCGUGGCUGGGUAUCUCACCUACUACUACGUGGGAGACAUCACGAACUGGUCCUUCCAGGACUUCGGCUUCGUCGUUGCCGUCACGGCCGUAGUGCUCCUGCAUCGAUACCGCUUGAAAUCCUACAUUGAGCAUGACCCGACGCAGCGCAUCUUGGACGACGUUGUGCCAGCGUAUUCGUUGAAGGACGUCGAGUACGUCCAGGGGUCGCCAGUGCUUCUGGGGGAGUCGCGCGUCGUGGCCAUUCUCUUCUUCGCAACAUGGUGCAAGGGGUCUCGUGUCGCCCUGAACGAGUUUCAAAAAGUGUACGACACGUACGGCCAUGACGUGGCGUUCAUUGCCGUCACACAAGAGUCCAGAGAAGACUUGGACGCGUACGAAGUCCACGGGCGUCAGGCCAGCAACUUUAAGUCACUCAACACGUUUGGCUUUGCGAUUGCGAUCGAAGACGGCACGUUAACCAAAGAGUAUGCAUCAACAUCAUCACUAUCAUCAUCUGGCGUUCGCAUGAGGCUUUGGCAUGUGUAGGUACCAGCUCAAGCACAACGUCAACACGUUGCCGCAUGUGUACUUGGUUGGUCGAGACGACACGAUCUUCUGGCACGGCCAUCCCCUGGGCCACUUCGACGAUGCCACCAGGCGAACGCUGGCGUAUGAUUUCUCCGCCGCCGCAGCGCCAAAUAAGAUGGACUAAUGAUGAUGAAGGUGCUGCUGUGAAACCACC